AACGCUUGGUAGCCAUGCAGAUACUUCACCUCACUUGACAGCAGUGAAUGUUUUCGUAAUUCCAGAAGAGGCUGAAAAUUUAGCUCUAGAUAAUGGAUGAUCGCGAACUUGACCUCACGGACGCUCAGAGGGCGAUAAAGGCAAAAUAUCCACCCAUCAACAAGAAGUAUGAGUAUCUGGACCAUACAGCAGAUGUCCAAUUACAUUCUUGGGGUGACUCUCUGGAGGAGGCGUUUGAGCAGUGUGCGAUGGCAAUGUUCGGCUAUAUGACUGAUACAGAAACUGUUGAACCCAUCGACACUAUGGAAGUAGAAUCAGAAGGGGAAGAUCUGGAAUCGCUCCUCUUCCAUUUCUUAGACGACUGGCUUUUCAAGUUCAGUGCUGAUGCCUUCUUCAUCCCCAGGGAGGUGAAAGUUCUACACAUAGACCGGAUGCGCUUCAGAAUUCGCUCAAUAGGUUGGGGAGAGGAGUUCAAUCUGUCAAAACAUCCACAGGGCACAGAAGUGAAAGCUAUCACCUAUUCAGCCAUGCAGAUCCGCGAUGACCAAAAGCCAGAGAUCUUGGUCAUCAUUGACAUCUGAGCUUCGAUCAUGAGUUCAUAAUUAUGAUAUGACUGUCUUUGCAUGCUUUAAAAUGAGCAACCUUGAUCAAGGAGACCCUGGCUGAAGAUGUUCUCUGUGAUUUUUUUUUUUUUUUUUCCCAGACUGUGUUUGGAGGAUUGAUUUAAAACUUCAAACAGGAACUGCUGAAACUUCCCAGCAGGAAUAAAUAUUGACUUGCCAUUGACUUGAAUAAAUAAAAAGCUCUGGGUUGACUUCUUUGUAAAAGGACAUUGUUUUAAAGGGAGAGUUUCACUCAAAAGAACAUCUGAUAUAGAAAAUCUUGGAGAUUAUCUUUGUGAGAUUAUUUGGAAGUUGUAAUAAUAAAUAAAGACUCUUAUUUAACAAACAACACAAA